GUAGCCGGUCAAGAACGAAAAAUCAGCAGAAUGUUGAAGCUGUUGUGCUUCGUCGCUCUCCUCUCUGUAGCCCUUAGUACUGGUUACGGAGGCAAAGGUGGUUAUGGUGGAAGUUCCUAUGGAGGCAAAGGCGGCUAUCCAGUAGUUUUCUUUGGAGGCAAAGGUGGCUAUGUCAGAAAUUACUAUGGAGGCAAAGGUGGAUAUGGAGGGGGUUCCUAUGGCGGCAAAAGCGGUUAUCCAGUAGUUUACUAUGGAGGCAAAGGUGGCUAUGGAGGAGAUUACUAUGGAGGCAAAGGUGUCUAUGGAGGGGAUUACUAUGGAGGCAAAGGCGGCUAUGGAGGUAGUUACUAUGGAGGCAAAGGCGGCUAUGGAGAUUACUAUGGAGGCUUUGGAUAUGGAGAGGGAUCCUAUGGAGGCAAAGGUAAUUAUCAAAUAGUUUACAAUGGAGGCAAAGGCGGCUAUGGAGGAGAUUACUAUGGAGGAAAAGGUAGCUAUGGAGGAGGUUCCUAUGGAAGAAAAGGCGGCUAUGGAGAAGGUUCCUAUGGAGGCAAAGGUGGCUAUGGAGGGGAUUACUAUGGAGGCAAAGGCGGCUAUGGAGGUAGUUCCUAUGGAGGAAAAGGUGGCUAUGGAGGAGAUUACAAAGGAGGCUUUGGAUAUGGAGAGGGUUCCUAUGGAGGCAAAGGUGAUUAUCAAGUAGUUUACUAUGGAGUCAAAGACGGCGAUGGAGAAGAUUACUAUGGAGGAAAAAGCAGCUAUGGAGGAGGUUCCUAUGGAGGAAAAGGCGGCUAUGGAGGAAAAGGCGGCUAUGGAGGAGGUUCCUAUGGAGGAAAAGGCGGCUAUGGAGAAGGUUCCUAUGGAGGAAAAGGCGGCUAUGGAGGAGGUUCCUAUGGAGGAAAAGGCGGCUAUGGAGUAGGAUCCUAUUUAGGAAAAGGCGGCUAUGGAGAAGGUUCCUAUGGAGGAAAAGGCGGCUAUGGAGGAGGUUCCUAUGGAGGAAAAGGCGGCUAUGGAGGAGGUUCCUAUGGAGGAAAAGGCGGCUAUGGAGGAGGUUCCUAUGGAGGAAAAGGCGGCUAUGGAGAAGGUUCCUAUGGAGGAAAAGGCGGCUAUGGAGGAGGUUCCUAUGGAGGAAAAGGCGGCUAUGGAGGAGGUUCCUAUGGAGGAAAAGGCGUCUAUGGAGAAGGUUCCUAUGGAGGAAAAGGCGGCGAUGGAGGAGGUUCCUAUGGAGGAAAAGGCGGCUAUGGAGGAGGUUCCUUUGGAGGAAAAGGUGGCUAUGGAGAAGGUUCCUAUGGAGGAAAAGGCGGCGAUGGAGAAGGUUUCUAUGGAGGAAAAGGCGGCGAUGGAGGAGGUUCCUAUGGAGGAAAAGGCGGCUAUGGAGUAGGUUCCUAUUUAGGAAAAGGCGGCUAUGGAGAAGGUUCCUAUGGAGGAAAAGGCGGCUAUGGAGGAGGUUCCUAUGGAGGAAAAGGCGGCUAUGGAGGAGGUUCCUAUGGAGGAAAAGGCAGCUAUGGAGGAAGUUUCUAUGGUGGCUUAGGUUAUGGAGGUGAUUCCUAUCGAGGCAAAGGUUACGGAGGGGUUUAUUACAAUGGUGGUUUCGGAUCCGGUGGCUACUCUGGGAGAUCUUUCGGAAAAGAUUACUACUGAAGACUAGGAAUCAAUGGUCUUCUUGAAGAGUGUAUAUGGGAUUAUGUGUGUGUACAUUAUUUCUACUUCAUUAAUAAAAUAUGGAAUGAAAUGA